CGAUAUUUCUACACGCUAACGUUUCUCUUCCAGAGUUUGUCAACAUUAUUUGCAAGGCAAGAAUCGACUGGAACGAUCCGAGAUAACUUGUUACUGAGACAUCGAAUAAUGCUUAGGAAAGAAUUAAGACCUCCGUAAAUCUGCAUGCUCCAAAGAGAGACAAAUUUGCAACACGUACAUGUAUUCGUGUUUCUCUCUAGUUUCAAGAAUGGGAGCUAAUGCAUCCGCAUUGGAGAAGGAGAUCGGGUCAGACCAGUUUCCACCCAGUGAGCACUACUUUGGACUUGUCAACUUUGGAAACACCUGUUACUGCAACUCGGUCCUCCAGGCACUGUACUUCUGCAAGCCCUUCAGGGAUCGGGUCCUGGCCUACAAGACCGCGCCCAAGAAGAAGGAGACCCUCUUGACCUGUCUCUCUGACCUCUUCAACAGCAUCAACACACAGAAGAAGAAAGUGGGCGUGGUGGCGCCCAAGAAAUUUGUGGCCAGGUUAAAGAAAGAAAAUGAGGUAUUUGACAACUACAUGCAACAGGAUGCACAUGAAUUCCUCAUUUAUCUACUCAACACGAUAGCAGACCUCUUACAAGCUGAGAGGAAAGCGGACAAGAUAGCUGGUAAAGGCAAGCCAGGCACCCCUAACGGGAUCAUCAAUGGAAACAACAAUGACAUGAAGACAGAACCAACGUGGAUACAUGAAAUAUUCCAAGGAACGUUAACAAACGAGACAAGAUGUCUCUGCUGCGAAGGGGUGAGCAGCAAAGAUGAGGACUUCCUAGAUCUGUCUGUAGAUGUGGAACAGAACACGUCAAUAACACAUUGUUUAAGGGGUUUCAGCAAUACAGAAACAUUGUGCCAUGAAUACAAAUACUACUGUGAGACGUGCUGUAGCAAACAAGAAGCACAGAAGAGAAUGCAAGUGAAGAAACUUCCUCAACUGUUGGCGCUACACUUAAAACGGUUCAAGUACAUGGAACAAUCACAUAGAUAUACCAAGCUUUCCUACCGAGUCGUGUUUCCAUUAGAACUAAGAUUAAUGAACACGAGUGACGAUGCUGAGGCACCAGAUAAGCUGUAUGAUCUAGUUUCUGUUGUUGUGCACUGUGGAAGUGGGCCAAAUAGGGGUCAUUACAUCACCAUUGUGAAGAGCUUUGGUUUUUGGCUUCUCUUCGAUGAUGACAUGGUAGAGAAAAUUGAAAUCUCAAGUAUCGAGGAAUUCUACGGUCUGGCCACCGAGGUGCAAAAGAACUCUGAUUCUGGGUACAUUCUCUUCUACCAGGCAAGAGACUUGUAAAGAAAGAACAGACAGACAAUAAGGACGGUUCAAAGACCAAAGUCUUGAUUAGUUUGUCCGAAGAAAGAUUGCUAAUGGAAAGAACCCUCCCUGGAAGCAUCUUCUUACAGAUGUCACACCUGUGCGGCGAGAUGUGAAGCAUGUUCGACUGAACUACAGAUGUCUCAAAGCCAUCAGACAUAGCCCUGAUGUAUGUACCCUUGGAUAUUCUAUUGAUGAUGAGCAAAGGAGUGUGUUUAACGCAUCACUAUCAGCAUUAUAGACGAGGGGGGAAAUAUCUUCAGCAUGUGGUUGCUGCCCUCAACAGUCUACCUGAUGGAUUAUUCAAGCGAUCAGAUAAAUUCGGAAAGAGCAUCAUCACAUGAAAAAGAUAAAAGUGGAAGUCUACAAUUUUUUUAAUAAUUUCAACCUGUUGAUUUGUCCCUUUCUUCAAUCUACUGGUCUAUUUAAUCCCUAAACAACCUUGUGGUGAAUAGUAAAGUGUACGGUUGAUUGACACGAUUGAUAUAAACCCAAGGAUAUGAUAGAGCUUUGUCUGAGAUAUUCUUUAGAUGUUUUGUUUAACAUGUUACAAAUGAUAAUAAACUAGUCUCAGGAGCAGUGUUGUGCACAUUCACCAUUAAGUAGUUAAUUCCAAGAUUCACUGUCAGACAUUUAUUUAUCGUACAAGCUGUUUUAUUAUAAUCCUUUUUUCCAUACAUUUUUUGUAGUUAAGCGGGAAGACACAAUCAGAAUGAAAUAAACCAAAUAUAAUUAUCAAAACUUUGAGAAUGAAUUGACACAUAUAACUGCACUGUUUAAUAAAUACAUGCAAUUGUGUACUUUUAAUAUAUAUAUAUGUACAUGUGGAGCGAAUGAACUAUUUCUCAUUCAACGAGUAUGUACAUAUUUAUGGAAUUUUUCAGCCAUUUUAGAAUGCAGACUUAUUGUACGUAAUUAACUAUAUAUAAUGUACAUAAUGUGUAUAUCACAGAACUAUUUUGUGGUAGAAAGUAAGAGAUGCUAUAAAAAAAAAAGAAGAUGAAAAAUAGAAAAAAAUAUUCAGAUAUGCUAUUAUAUUCCAUAAAUUCCAUUUGCUGAUACUAAAGUUGAUACAUUGGAAUUUAGAUUUAGUGCCAUCUUUUUUUAAAUCUCAUAGAGAUUUUCUUUCUUAUUAUUUUGUUAAGGUUAAUAGCAAAGAAAUUUUGAAUAGAAUAUGUAAUUUAUAUGUUACAAUUCUUUAUAUCUUUUUGCAAUAUAUUUGUAUACUGGCCGCCACUUUGGUAGUACUAUUGGAUUUUUUCUUCUUCUUUCAAGUGAAAGAAAUGUACUUUAAUGUGUGACCCAAGCUCUGCUGUAACAUUUGCUACAGUUACUUUGUAGUGCUCUUCAUCUUAUUAUCAUCUGCCACUGCAUUUUAAAAUACACUGAAACCUGUAUAUAAAGACUGCUUAAAGGUCGGGUGAAAUUCCAAAUAUAAGUUGAUUCCUGUUGAUGUGCAGGGCUGCAUACAACUCAUAUUUUGUUAACUAAAAAUCUAGAUAUAUUUCAUAGAUUUUUAAACAUUUUUAAAAAUAAUUUUCAAAACCUGCUAAGCUCCUCCCUAAAAAAAUGCCCCAGACCUCAUUCCCUAAAUGACAUCAUCUGUCAAUCAUUAGUGAGCUAACAAGAGACGGUGUAACUUCCCCCAGCUCAGCACAUGCUCACAAAAGAAUUACAUUCUUUCAUGCAAUACCUCCAAAUUACCCUACUUUUCCUGGUGAUGCUACAGCACGUCUGACAUAGCAACUCCUAUGUUGGUAUUGUAUUGUCUAUUGAUAACGGGUGGUCAGCUCAGUGGAAUAUAUAUGCAGAAAGUGUCUAUAAUAAUAAUAAUAAUACUUUGUUCUUGUAUAGCGCUUUUCAGGACCGAAGGCCUUCUCAAAGCGCUAUGUACAGGUUCCUUUAUUUAUGGUCAGACAGGUUGUCUUUCUAUACAGGUUAAUAGUGCAGGUUUGACUGUUUAAUUUGUAAUGGCUCCUUCACAUAUAGUGCAGUGAAUUGUGGUUUAUCAAAGAAGAUAGAUUUUUUUCUUUAACAUGUAAAUGAUGAGCAGUUGAGGAUGAAAAAUUACCUCUAUGCAACAAAGGUCCUAUGCGUACCGGUACUCACUUAUCUGUAUGUUAUAAUAUACAAAACUGUGAAACACAUUGAGCUUAUUUCUCCCGGGCGAUUUACCAAGGCAUAUGGGAUUGAAGCUGCGAUUGGACAUCCACGUGUAUGUUCAAGAAUAUUUCGUGUAAGAAUUGCGCUAACAAUCAGCUUUAGAACUGUAUCAUUUUUGCCACCAGGUUUAUGAUUUACGAAAUACAUUUGUACAUUCAAGAAUGAUUCAUUUUCAUUGCGAGGAUAUUCGAAAGUUGAAAAUAAGAAUUGUGCUAUCAACUAGCAUUAGAAGUGUUGGGUUUGGCCAUGUAUCAUUUCCGUAUUUCUAUUCCUGCUACCAGAUUUAUGAGCAACCAAUACUUCAAGAGUCAAAUUCUAAGUUUAAUUUUUUGUUUUCUUGUUAGAUUGAGCUUUGAAUAUCUUCCAGGAACAAGUUUUAUACAACGCAUGUAACUUUUAUUUCAGAAUUUGAAAAAAAGUUGCAAACUCAAGGGAAACAUUGACAUUGUUUGAAGGGAUUUGCUACCCAUGGCAUGGAAUGAUUCAUACUCACCUUCAUAAAUCAACUUUUUUUUCUCUCUCUGGCAAUCCAUCUUGAUGUUAUUAAGAAGUACUCUCACUUGCAUUGCCAUCUUAAGAUUUCAAACAAUAUCACCUCAUAAUCUUUCACGCUUCUUCAUCAGGCUUGUGUGAGCUAUAUCAUGACGGUCUACAAGUUGUUUUGAGGUACUAUUUUGUUGAUGAAAAGUUGCGAUUCUUUUAUGACAAGUCAUCAUGAAACCAGUAUUGGCAGACAUGUCAACAAAAGCAUUGAUGUUCUUGUUAAUCGGAGCAUUUAUUGUGCUAAGAUACCCAAUAGUCCAGAGAAAUCUUGUUUUUAUGCAGUGACUCUAGUGUUCAUUUUGUGAUUUGGUAUUGAUCAUGGUGGUCGUACUGAAACUGCAGUUAUGGUACUUAUCAAAUUUCAGAUAGUAAUAUUUGAAAGUAGGUCAUCGACCCUAAUGUAGUUCAUGUACCGGUAGUUCAUAUUUUAGUUGGAUCUAUUAUUGCCAACUUGUCGAUGUCAAACAAAGUAACCUUUGAUUUUUGUAUAAUUUGUUUGUGUCCCAUUUUGAUCAAAGCAUCAACUGACUUGUGUGUUCCUAAGUAAUGUUACAGUCAUUCCUACCUGAAUUUAUGAGCUACUUUGACUUUUAGCUAUGGCGGUUCAUUGAAUUAGCUGACUUUUCACUCAUAGAAACAAGAGCAUUAUAUUCACUGCUUCACUUGAGUAAAAGAAACUCCAAAUUCUUUGUUAAGUAGGUUUCAAUUUUUCGAACAUUUGCUAGAUUACAUGGUUCAGGGACUCUUUAAUUCUUCCUCGCCUACAAAUUUGGGGUGGCAAAAUGAAAUGUAGUAUCUUAAAAAUAUAUUUUCUUUUUCCUCAUGUAUGAUCUAUCGUCCCCCAAUGCACACAAAGCCUAUUGUAGGAUUCCCACAUGUAUAUAUAUAUACAUGUUUGAGUGUCUGGACACUUAUUCUCAACCUCAAUGCUGCCAACAGCUUUAAAUUAAACAGAAUCGUUCAGUAAAAAAAUUAUUACUGGGAGUUUUUCUUUUUAGUAUAUAAUAUACCAAUCAAUCAGAGAAUUACUUCUACUAAACUUGUCUCUGAUAUCAAAAAUAUGUACAGUAUGUUAUGUCCUGCGCACAUUGUUAGUAUAGGAACUGUUUCAUUUGUUGCGUCAAACAAAAAUUUAUAUGACAGAGAGACUUCCUAGUCUAUUUUGCACUUUGAAAGUCCAUCUUUAAUAAUAUUAUAUGACCAAAGUGUAGUAUGGAGUGUCAAUCAGAAUAUAUAAGCUACAAUUUGUAUUAUUUUUUUUUAAUACAGAUUUUAUUGUAUUAUUUUUCUUCAAUUUGGUAUAAAAGCUAAUUUCUACAGGUAGUUUUUGCUGUGUUAUAAAUUUAUCUUUUAUUGCAAGACCAAAGUUUCCACAUGUUGGAUUUGGAGAUCAUAUUCAAGUGCUUAUAAUUCCUCAGUAUUUUUCUCUUCAUUCUUCAUAAUCUAUAACAAUACACAAUAAAACCAUAUUUUCAGGUGAUUUGGACUACCAUACCAUGACAAGCGAUCAUGCAAUCAUAUCCUAUAUGUAACAUUACUGUCUGUUGUAAUGUUAAGAUAUAGAAUCUUGCAAAAUACUUUGACAUAAGAUUAAGUGCAUUAUGAUUAAUGUUAGAUCAACCUUAUGAAGAAAUAUAAAAGAAUAUUAAGUUUAAACAACCAGAUGUUCUUCCAUUCCAAUGAAGCUAGCUUUGGCUGUUUUUAAGGACUCAACAUAUAAGUCUAUUUGAAGGGAAGUAUAUUUUAUACAUCAUUCUCCAGUUCUUGAUAGGGAUACAUGUAUAUCAUAUCAGUAACAUAGUUUGUUGACCUCUAGAUACGUACAUGUUAAAGGUAGAAAGUUCAUUGACCUCUUGAUGCUCCACAGUAGUGCCUCUUGUGCAUUGUAUUCAGUUUCUUCAUGAUUGCUGUAGUUUUUGUCACAGCCAAAACUAGCACGGUAUGCAAGGAGUAUGAAAAAGAAUUGUGAUGUUCUUUCCCUCUUGUGUUGGGAAAUGUUAGUGUUGAUUAUGAAAAUUUAUAUAUUGAAUUAUAAAAGAUUAAAUAAAUAUUUCAGUAUAUGCAAAUUACAAAAAAA